AUGGGCCGGAGAUAUGGUUGGUUUGACGAGAUUCGCACAUUUUUUCCAACUCUUUGGCUCAUUUUGGCUCCACUGAUACUGAGCCCACUCCUCUUCUUUGGACAGGAAGGAAAAUGCACAUUUGUUAUUCUAACAAUGUCAUGUUAUUGGGUUGCUGAGGUUGUACCACUUGCUGUCACUUCUUUUAUUCCAAUGAUCGCUCUUCCUUUUUUGGGAAUUGUUAGUAUCAAACAGGUUGCUCCCAAAUAUUUUGCUGAUACAAACAUCGUAUUUUUCAAUAGUUUAAUGCUUUCACUGGCUGUUGAAGAAUGUCAAUUACAUAAAAGAAUCGCAUUAAAAAUGCUCACUUAUGUUGGAACGAGACCCCAUUGGUUAAUGGCUGGAUUCAUGAUCAUCACUAGUUUUAUUUCUCUAUGGAUCUCAGAUACAGCUUGUUGUGCAUUAAUGGCUCCAAUCGCAUAUGCUCUUCUUGAGGAAAUUAUGAUUCCAAAAAUGAGAAAAGCGAAAAAUGAUGAAUUGGUAGAAGAUAAAGCAUUUGAUGAUGGGACAGAAGAGAAAAGACAGCUGGAUACUUCAAAACUAUCAGUUAGAGAUAGAGGAAUAUGUAAAUGUAUGAUGCUACUUGUGGCUCAUGCUUCAUUGAUCGGUGGAACUGGGACUAUAAACUCAACUGGGCCCAAUCUGAUUUUCAGAGAUAACAUUGAAAAAAAUUUCCCGAAUGAAGACACCGGUAUUUCAUAUUUAUCAUGGAUGGCAUUUGCAAUUCCUCCCAUGUUAUUCUACAUGUUUUCUUCAUGGUUCAUCGUUCAGCUUCAGUUUUUAGGACCACGUCAUUUGAUGGGAAUGUUCAGAAAACCUACAGAAUCUGAGAAACAAGAAGAGGAAGUCGCGAGAAGAGCAGUCUGGAAGAGUUACGAUCAAUUGGGUCCUAUGACAUGGGCUGAGAAGAGUACACUUGUUAUUUUCCUGUUAGCUGUUUUAUCGUGGAUUUCAUCAGAUCCAAAAGUGAUUCCGGGGUGGUCAGAUUUAUUCAAAAAGGGAUAUGUGACUGAUUCUUGUUCUGGUUUGGUUGCUGUCUUUCUUCUGUUCAUUUGGCCAAAAAACAAGCCAGAUUUGAGAUUAUUUAGAACAGAUAAGAAUAGAGCAUCAGUUCGUCAAGAAGCACUUAUCGAUUGGGAUUGUGUCAGACGUCGUUUCCCGUGGUCUAUUAUUCUUCUUCUUGGAGCGGGCUUCGCUAUUUCAGAUGCGGUCAAAAUGAGUGGUCUUUCUACUUUGAUAGCAUGUAGUCUGAAUAGUACUAUAUCUUCACUUCCACUGUUUGGAAUGCAAAUAAUUCUUUCAAUUGUGGUUGUAGUUAUGACUGAAUUCUCAACAAACUCUGCAACUGCUUCAAUAUUCAUUCCAAUUUCAUUCACAAUGGCUGAAUCUGUGCAUGCCCAUCCGUUAUAUUUCUCGAUUCCAACUGCAAUUGGGCCUUCUUUUUCUUUCAUGCUUCCAAUGGCAACACCAGCGAAUGCGAUUGUUUAUGAGACAAAAACAAUUCGAAUGAUUGAUAUGGUUUCAUGUGGAAUUCUUCUCAAUAUUUUCUGCAUUGUGAUCACCGUCAUCAAUAUGAAUACAUGGGCUUAUUGGUUGUUCAAUAUGGGAACUUAUCCGGAUUAUGCUCUUCGCCAUGCGACAAAUUUGACGGGAAAUUCCACGCAAUGUUUUUAA